AUGCCUCCAAAAGUAUCCUCCACGUGUGAUCACUCCAAGCUCGUAUUUUCUGCCUCCCGUAACGCGAAGGAGGUAGGAUACAAACGCCCAACACUGUUGCAGAGAAUCGCAGCCACAACAGCGCAAGGAUCCGCAAAUGGCACAGCUAUCACGAAAGUCUCGACCGCUGAAAAAGUUGAAGACUCACCAACUUUUCCUGGCCCUCUCAUACUACCUGGAGAUGAUCUCUCUUGGGAUCCAAGCUAUCCUCCACAAAGUCUCAGAUCUUGGGUCCGCGACAAGGACAGAAAUAAGGUGACGGCUGAGCGUCGAACCGUCUAUAUCGCCGCACCUCCAGAAGUGGAACCCAACCUCGAGUUUGUCCAGAAAUGGAUACAUCCGCAAGUCAAAAGCCGAAAGGGUUUGAAGGCGGUUGAUCGUCCCUCCACGAAAGAUGUAUUGAGUUACCUCAAAGCGUUCUAUCACGGGUUACCAGUCAAGAUGUUGCCACCGUCAAGUCUAAGGUUUACAGAUGACGUAGACGACGAUAUACCAGAUCCAAGGAGACGAACCAUAUGGAUGAAAACCCAAGCCGAGUCGGGCUGCGUGGGAAUCCGCACUCGGGCUACUCCCAAAGGUGAUUUCACGCACCAGCUCAAUCUCAAUGAUCUCCUUGAUGCAGCUAUAGACAUAUUACCCGAUGAUGCAUACGCAUUGUUGCUCCUUGUAGAACACGAUAUCUAUGAAGACGAAGAAGACGAGUUUGCAUGUGGGAGAGCUUAUGGUGGGUCGAGGAUUGCGGUGGUGUCAAGCGCAAGGUACAAUCCUGUUUUGGAUGAGAAGGAGGGGUUAGAACGGGAGCAUGCAUGGCCGGCUUCACAUUGUGAACGGUAUGUGGAGCGUUGUUGUGAUACAGUGGAUUCUGAGGAAGGGAGUCGGAAGCGGACUGGAGUUGGAAAGUCCUUGGUUGAAGGAGAGUCCUCGAAGACCACCACUAAUGGAGAGGUGACUACCCCAAUGCAAGCAGCACUCUCAGCACACGCUUCUCUCCCAUCCAUAGAUCAAUCUCCUUCUGCUAUUGCGCUCUCGGGCUUGUGGUUUGGCCGGGUCUGUCGGACUGCGAGUCACGAGUUGGGACACUGCUUUGGUAUUGAUCAUUGUGUGUACUAUGCAUGCUGUAUGCAGGGCACUGGAUCUCUCAGGGAAGAUUCGAGACAACCUCUUUAUUUAUGCCCUAUUGAUCUGGCUAAAAUCCUGCGAGCGACGGGCUCAGAUGCUAAGGGGCACUAUGGAGCUUUGCUUGCGUUCUGCGAGAAGAAUAUGGACACACAUCUAUUUGCAGCAUAUCGGUCAUGGAUCUGUGGGAGAGUUAAGGAGAUAGAGAGGGUUGACUAG